AUGAGUUUAAAAUAUAUUAAAAGUGAAAGAGGCACCAACAUUUUGGUCGAUGAUGGAUACAUGUACCAACGUGAAUGCAAUAAGCCAGAAAAAAGCAUUUGGCGAUGUGUACAGUAUAAACAAAAAUGUAGAGGAAGAGUUCAUGUAUAUAAUGAUGAAAUAAUAAAGUACAUAGACCAUAAUCACGUUCCGGAUAUUUCUAAAAUUGAAGCCAAAAUACAGGUCAAUGAAAUGAAGAAAAAAGCCCGAAGUACAUGUGAAUCGACACACUCAGUUCUUGGAACAAUAGCUCAGGUAGAAAUGUCGGUAGCUGGUCAACUGCCUAGUGUUGCCUCAUUAAAAAGAACGAUACAACGUGUUCGUCAAACUGAGCUAUCAGCUCCGUCAAAUCCAGUCGACUUUAAUUUUAAUAUUCCGGAAAAAUUUAAAUUAACAACUGAUGGGGAACUUUUUCUUCAGUACGAUAGUGGGUCCAGUGAUUCUAAACGUAUUUUAAUAUUUGCAACAAACAAAAAUUUUGAACUAAUGGAAAAUAGUGAACAUUGGUUUUGUGAUGGAACUUUUUCUAGUGCUCCAUCUAUAUUUUCCCAAUUAUAUACGAUUCAUGGAAUACAUUAUUCAAACGUAAUUCCUUCGGUUUAUGCUUUACUGCCUGACAAAAAAGAGGAAACUUACAAACGAUUUUUUCGAGCAGUUAAAUCGAUUAAUCCAAAUGUUAACCCAAAUAGUGUCAUGAUGGAUUAUGAAAAAGCAGCAAUGAAUGCAAUAAAAUGUGAAUUUCCGAAUGUAAUUAUAAAUGGUUGUUUUUUUCACUUAUCUCAGUGUGUAUGGCGACACAUCCAAGAAAUUGGUUUAUCAAAAAAAUAUAAAGAGGACUCAGAAUUCGCUCUGCAUGUUCGCAUGUUACCAGCUUUGGCAUUCGUACCUCAAGAAGACGUUAUUGAAUCAUUUGAAACUCUAAUUGAGACUAAUUAUUUUUCUACCAACGAGGAGCUUUUAACACCACUUAUUGACUAUUUUGAAAGUAAUUGGAUUGGACGAUUACAACGCAGACAUCGUAGAGAACCAAAAUUUAAUAUUCAAAUUUGGAACUGUUUUUCUCUUGUGGAAGCAGAUUUGCCUCAAACAAAUAAUUCAGUGGAGGGCUGGCAUAACUGCUUUUCGUCAAUGUUAAAUUCAUCAAUUCACCCAUCUAUAUGGAAAUUUAUUACUGCACUACAAAAAGAAGAACGUGUCAAUCGAUUGAAAGUUGAACAAUUAGUUGCAGGAAAUCAACCACCAUCAAAAAAAAAAUAC